AUGACGCACUUGUCGUCGAUCGUGGCCGACGCCGACUUGGGGUGGGAAGACGUGACCGAGGCUGCGAUCACAGAGCUGCUCAAGUCGGCGCUGUCGGCAAAGGCGCCAGCGAGAGAGAUUAUGGCGCCCGAAAUAGCGCUGCAGCAGGACACGAAGAAGCUCAAGAAACACAUUACGAUCGUGUGCGACCGGCUCGGAAAAGGAGCGCUCUUUGUCGGCGAGGCCCGGCCGCGGCGACCGACGUCGGACGACUCAUUUUGCAUUGGCACAUGCAUCGGCUCAAAUGCGAUGCCAUGUACGUACAGCGCGCAAGACGUCGGCGUUGCUGUCAGAUUUGGUCCGCGCCAAGACCGUCAUCGGCGCCUUUGA